AGACCCCCCCCUUGCACCCCAGGACCACAAAGCCUCCCCACCAGGACACAAUGGAGGCGAUGCCGAGCACAGCUCCGCUCCGGAAGCCCAAGACGGUAUCCGGGAGAGGAGAGGCCAAGAAGCAGCUGCGCUUACCCAGAGCCCUCUAGAGGUAAAGUAAUCCCAGACCCGUCUCCGAACCUCCCGUGGACCCUUUGGAACUGUGGGAACGCGCGGAACCGCCGAGCCCCCCAUCCUCCUGCUCUGUCACCCGCCUUGUCUCCCCGGCUGCUACCCGGAGGGUUUGAGGACCCUGCUGGAAGCUGUGCCAGGGAGAUUGGGAUAGCAGGACCACGGAUGGAUCACGGAUGAUGCUGGGAAUGUGGAAGGGUUUAACUGGAAUCCCCCUCUGGUGAGAGAGGGGACACUGCUGUUUCUAAAUCAGCAGCAGGCAGGAAGAAAUUCGUGGUUUUUACCUGGAAAAGUAGCCCUGAUGGUGUUUUCCUGGUCAAAGUAAGUGAGUUUUCUCCCCUCAAAACUCCAGGUGAGCUGCUUAUAACAAUGCCACGAAUAAAAGUAGUGGGAUAAAUACCCCUAAUCCGCCAGGCUGGGGCAGGAAGAGCCCCCGGAUCCUCAGGGUCCCCAAAAGGCUCCAGCUGCCACCAGGGAGCAAUUGCAGGGGCCAGCAGAUCCAGAAUUGCUCUUCCCAUCACCCCACACCACUUCAAAGUAGAAAAAAGCUUGGGAAGAGGUUUAUUGCUGGGAAAACUAAAUAAAAUUGGGAAGAGGGGACUGCAAAGGAAGCAGGAAAGCCCAAGUGCUGAGAAGAUGGAUCCUCGAGGAUGAUGAGGGUGAAGAAGGCUCCUGGCAUCAUCAGGAUGGCUGAGUGGCCUAAGGCAUCAAACUCAAGGCCCUGCUAUCCCUGCUGUGUGAAUUCUUGUCCCCAAAUGGAGGCGUGGAUUCACAUUCCACUUCUGUCAUACAUUUUUCCUAAAAUCUCGAUAUAAAAUAUAAUUUUCUGGGUUUUUUUCUUUUCCUACCCCUGAUAAAAAAUUCUCCCUGUCAUAUCCACUCUCUUCAAACACUGGAAGCCCCAGUAAGCUCACCCCAAUAAGGAACCUUCAGUUCUCCAAGAGAACCCCAACUUCCUCAGCCUGGGAGCAUUGCCGUGGCCUCCUCUGGACUUCCUCUGUCAGCUCCCCAUCCUUCUCAUGAGGAGAACCCCAAUUUUGGACAGUUUCAUCCAAGAAACUCCUCCCUGGUGCAUUCAUUUCUUGAAUUAUCCCCCCAGUCCAAAAAGUUUUGCCUCGGAGUUACACGAGUACAUGCAGCAGGUGUAUCCUAGGAAUCCUCUGGGCAAGCAGGAAGUGAAGGACAAGAAAAUGUUUUGAAAGGGCAUCUUUCCUCAACAGGACCUGCCCACACCUCUCCAACCUGUGCCUGCCGGCCCAGAGACUCAUUAAGGAUAAUUACCUCAUUAAUAAAUCCACCCGGGAUUUUCUUUGAUGUGCUUUACAUAUACAGUCUUUUUUCAUCUCCACAGGGAAACCCUCCUCCAUUCCAAGUUCUCGCCAACACAUGCAUGAUGUCCCACACAACAUGUAGAGUGAAAUCCCACUUUUUUUCCCCCACUUCUUCCAUUAAUAAAAGUCAACCUUAAAACCAGAAAACAGCAAUUUGGGAAGAAAUCACUGAACCCUUCUCCCACCCUCUAAUCACCCGCUUUGUGAUGCAACAGAUGUCAGGCAGAAACUCACCUUCCUGUAACCUUCAGGGAAUCAACAGAUGGGAGCAGGAAGUUGGGAGGGACAACUUUUGCAACUGGUAGACUGUUGAUGCCCAGAAAAUAAAUCCCCAUCAUUGAGGUUGAUCUCAAAAGCAGCUUGUUGGGACACGCAUUAAUCCAUGUCUUAAUGUGAAUUAAUCCAUGUUAUCAAUGUGAAACCAGCUGCCUUCACUCCAAACUCUCUGCUGUUCCUGGGAAUGUGUAUCUGUGCCAGUUUCAUUGUGCAAUGCCCGCAUCCCUCAGGAUUUGUUAUUCCAGAUAGAGAAAAUAUGUGCUUUUGGAAGUUCACAUAUAUAAUAUGUGGGGGAAGUUCCACCCACAGGGGAACAACCAGCGGACCACAAAUCACAAAACAUAAAACCAGACCCAAACCAAGGGGUUUCUUUCCAAAAAAAUGAUAGUUUUACCUUUUUCCAAUCUAGCUGGUAGGUUUUCUUAAGUGGAGACGUGCUCCAAGACAAAAGAAAAAAACAAGAAAAACCUUCAGUCCUUUAGUUUUCCUUAGAAGGAAGUCUUCCAAAAGUGUUUGCCACCCAGUUUUAACCAAGACAGCACAGUGACACCCCUUUGGAAGAAGUCUUCCCUGCCAUCAUGAACUCACAGCUACAAGAAACAUCAAGGGUCCCAAAAACAUCCUGUGACUCACAGGAUUGCAUCAAUGCAUCGUGAAACUUCCCAUCCUGGGGGUUGUGCCGCCUGACUCUGACCGCACAUAAUCUCAAGGGCUAAGUACUUGAGAUACCACCACCACCACUGGAUGGAUCCAGAGGAGGGCCACAAGUUCCACAGGGACUGCAACUGUCACUUCAACCAAAGCACUGAUUACUGCUUAAUCAGACUGUGACCACCACCCUGACUCACAGGGGCCAGGCUGUACUCUGACUUUGUGGUUUUAAGUAAUUUUCUUGUAUUCAUUGCAUUUAUUGUAAUUUUUCUAUAAAAUUGUAACUAUGACUUAAAAUCGCUCCCAAGGUAUUUGUGUGCGGUUAAUUUUCCCCACUGGUUUACCUUCAAAACAGCACAACCAGGAACAUGGUAUUGGGAAUCCUGCAGGAAGCACAAAACCACCCCCACACGCCACAGAAAACCAAAAUUCUGGGCAAAACCCGUAUCAUGGCUUCUCCUGAGGAGAUCCUUUGAACACAGCACCACAAGCCCACAAUUUUCAUGUCACAAUUCCAGCUAAACCAGGAGAUCCCAUAAAUGCAAUCUGCAAAACCCUUGCCAUGAAUUUCCAAAAUUCUACCUAAAUUUUGUUGGACUGAAUGUUCCUCCAUCCUGAGAUAUUUUAUAAUCAUAUUUACUGAAACCCCACAUUUUUGUGGUGAUUGAACAGGAUAAAGCCUGGUGAGGGUGUUGGUUCCAAGCAGGAGACUCGAGCUCUCGGUCCAAGAACAAAGAGAGGGUUCCUCCGAUGAGUUUAUGGUGCUUUGGCAAGUCCAAGAUCUCCAUUCUGGAGAAAUGCUGGUCUCAGUCCUAGAAAAAUACACAGUUUUUGCCAUUUCAGUGAAGUUCUGGAUAAUCUUUAAGGUCUCCUUCCCACAAAAACAAUUCUUCAUCCCCUCUAUUCUGAUGGAGACAAGAUCAAGCCAAAAUUGUCAACACCCAAGAGCAUCCAGUAGGUGACUUUUCCCUGGAAAUGCUCAUUUUCAUUCUUGAAAUUAUAUUUUGAAUGCCAGCUCAAGAUCUCGCCAGGGUUCAGAAGGAUCCCCGUGAUGGUUAUUCAGAUUUCAGCGGGCUUUAUGCAAUACCAGGAAAAAAACCCCUAGCCUGAUUGUUCCCUUCUGGGAAAUUGCUGCCCUUGGUGGAGCAGGGUGCGGUCAACAUGGUACAUCCCAAAACAUGCAGUGGCCUCAUGGCUUUACUCCAGUGAGUAAAGGGGAAAAAAAACAAAAACCCAGCAGUGGAACUAAGCCUAGUCAAUUGCUGGUUCCCCUUCUAAUGACAAAUUCCACUUCGCUCCCUUCCGGGUUGUACUGAUUGGCAGAGGUUUUUCUUGAAGCACCAGAUUGCUUUUGGUUUUUUUUCCCUUAAGCUGGGGUAUAAAAUGAAUUCCAAUCUCAGCAGAGGAUUCAUCUUCCUCCUGGAGCGAUGACUGGGAUUGUGCUCUUCCAAAUCCUCCUGCUUGCGGGUCUCCUGAGUGCCAAGCGGUUCCCAUGCUUUCCUGAGUAUUGUCUGCAUGACCAGGACUACGAGGAGCUGCUGAAGAUCGUCCAGGAUGGACUGGAGCCCACAGCUCACCCGGCGCACGUGGUCGUGGUGGGCGCGGGGAUUGGCGGGCUGACAGCAGCCAAGCUGCUCCAGGACGCUGGGCACACGGUUACCGUUCUGGAAAGGAGCGGCUGGGUCGGGGGGCGCAUCCGGACGUACCGCCCUGAGGGACAGGACUGGUACGUGGAGCUGGGACCCAUGCGCCUGCCAGGCAAGCACAGGCUUGUCCGUGAAUUCAUCCGCCAGUUCAACCUGAAGCUGAAUCCCUUCAUCCAGAGGGACAACAACACCUGGUACUUCCUGAAGGGUGCUCGGGUCAGGGCUGAGGAGGUAAACAGGAACCCUGACAUCCUGAAUUACACAGUGAAGCCAUCAGAGAGGGGCAAGAGUGCCGUCCAACUGUACCGGGAGGUACUGAACAAGGCUUUAAAGAAGUUCCAGACCACUGAUUGCAGGAAGUAUCUGGCUCAACACGACUCCUUCUCCACCAAGGAAUAUUUGAUCAAAGUGGGGGGCCUGAGCCGAGGAGCUGUUGAGAUGAUCGGUGACUUGCUGAAUGAGGACUCAGGGUUUUAUCUGUCCUUCCUCGCCUCACUGUGGGACUUCAGCAUCUUCUCUGAAGAGAGCUUUGAUGAAAUCACUGGAGGGUUUGACCAACUGCCCAGAGCCUUCCACAAGGCGCUGCCCAACGUCAUCCAGUUCAACUGCACUGUGGAGAAGAUCAUGACAAAGGGCAACAAAGUCCGAGUGUUCUACCGUGCUCCGGACACGCUGGCCCCGACCAUCAUCACUGCAGAUUAUGUCCUUGUCACCUCCAGUGCCAAAGCUACCAGGCACAUCCAGUUCCUGCCACCACUGUCCCCUGCCAAGGCCCAUGCCCUGCGCUCCAUCAACUAUGCAAGUGCCUCCAAAAUUAUCCUGGCAUGCUCUGAGAAGUUCUGGGAGAAGGACAGGAUCCACGGAGGGUACUCCAUCACCGACCGCCCCUCCCGCUUCAUCUACUACCCCAGCCACAACUUCUCCAGUGGGGUGGGCAUCAUCCUGGCUUCCUACACCUGGACCAAUGAUGCCGAGUUCUUCCUGCCCCUCACAGAAGAGAAGUGCCUGGAUGUGGUGCUCCAAGACCUGGCAGACAUCCACCAGGUGAGCAAGGAGUACCUGCAAUACACUUGUGACCAGCAUGUGAUCCAGAAGUGGCAGCUGGACCAACACUCCCUGGGGGCUUUUGCUGCCUUCACCCCGUACCAGUUUGUGGAUUACUCGCAGGCCCUGUUCACUCACGAGGGCCGGGUCCACUUUGCCGGGGAACACACAGCCCAGCCCCACGCCUGGAUCGACACUGCCAUGAAAUCGGCCAUCAGGGCCAGCAGCAACAUCCACCAUGACAGUAAUGAAGCCCUGGCAACAGACAGGGAGUCGUUUGGGAGACUUGUGCACAGGGAAGAGCUCUGAGCGUGCCCUCAGCCAACUUUUGGUGGUGUGAAUCUGGUUCUUUCCAAGAGAAAUUAGCAGAAUUCAUUGGCAGUGAAGGUGUCAAAGAAUUGCGUGUCUUGAAGCAGGACCAAAGUGGUUAAACAUGUCAUGGGGAGAAGAGGGAACAUUGAAAUAGUAAUAGUAAUCAGAAUUAUAAACACUUCAUGGGGGUAGGAGGGAGCACUAAAACCAGGCAGUGGGCUCUGGGACUCUCCUGUUUCCCUUGUCCACUGCCAUUCCCAGUUCAUUUGCACUCAAGGCACUUCAUGGAAUGACUAAGGUGAAAUAAAGGUGGGAAUUGCUGGUUUCCUUGUCUGAGGGCAGUGUCAUCACAUAUAAACAGUGUCACCAUGCUCCAGCCCUUUGGGAGCAUCACUCUCAGUUCCCCUAACCCAGAAUUUGAAAGAGAACCCAGUGCUUCCUCACUAUCCUCUCCUUUGACUGGUCCAACACAACUACUUAAUUAAUCAAUACUAAUUCCUGUUAAGUAAUUUACCAUUCCCCACAGCACCAGUCAGGAUCUGAUCCAGGUCUCUACUACCUAAAGCAUGGCCGAUUCCAAGUUGAUCCAAGUAUAUCAAAUAAAUCAUUCUGAAUCUUCAUAGCAAAUCCAAGGUUUUGCUGGAGUUUCUCCUCUCACUAGUAAUUGUCCUAAAUUCUGUAGACUUGGAAACUCCAUCUGUGCUGCAGGUGGGAUUUUUUUGACAAGAUUAUUGACAGGAUAAUUAUAAAUGUCCAAGGGAAACACCAGACUGGUUGCUGAGAGCACCACACCAACCUUCAUUGUGGUCACUGAGCUGCUUGGCCUGUAAUUCAUCCCAACUCCCAUAAAAUUCCAACUUGCCCUUCCACCUCUGACUCCACAUAGCUGGAGGGGAGCAGCUCCAGUUUGAUUCCCAGCUCAAAAACAGAGGUCUAGCUCUCACUGGUGGCAGCAGAGACAAGAUACGAGGAGACCAUCACACCCCUCAGGCUCCCCCUGGCAUCAGUGAGGGAGAUUUAUCCCCAUUUACAUCCAUUAAAUCCCCCAAUGCUGCACCCCACAAUGCUGCUCCAAGGUGGAAGGACCAAAGUCCCAGGAUGGAGCUUAAACAGAGCCCCCAGGCCAAGGGAAGGGGCCUGCUCAGGACAAUUGAAGCUCGUUGAAGCUCAUUAACAGCUCAUUAAUGAUUACAGGGAGGGAAAGGAAAAAAAAAAAGGCCAAGCCACGUCCCUGGGUGGGCUCGAACCACCAACCUUUCGGUUAACAGCCGAACGCGCUGACCGAUUGCGCCACAGAGACCUGCGAGUGCGCCUGACAAUACGGGAAAAUGCGACAAAAGUCAAAUUUCAUGAGGUUUUACCGAAUUAGAGCAGUGGGGAUGAGGAUGGAGAUUCGGAAUGGGAUAGAGAUGGAGUUUAUAGAUGAAGACUAGGGAUGGGAAAUGAGGAUGGGAUACAGAUGAGAAUGAGAAUGGAGAUCGGGAAUAAAAUGGGAUGAGAUGAAACAGAGAUGGGGAUGAGGAUAGAAUGGAGACAGCAGUGAAGAUGGAAUGAAGAAGGGAAUAGCAUGAAGACAGGGAUGAGGAUGAGGAAGGAAGCAGCCAGCAGAUGAAGGCUCCCGAGGAGCUGUUAUCCGGGUAGCGUGGCCGAGCGGUCUAAGGCGCUGGAUUAAGGCUCCAGUCUCUUCGGGGGCGUGGGUUCGAAUCCCACCGCUGCCAACAGUUCUGUUUUGAUUUUUUUUGUCUCAUUUUUCUUCCUCCUUCUCUGUCUCCUCACCUGGGAAGACUGGAGUCUAAAACCCAAACAAAAAAAAAGGUUUCCAAAUAAGCAAAAAAAACCCACACGCACAAAAAAUCUCAAACCGACAACAAAAUGCGUACAAAGUAGAUAAUCCCAAAAGCAAAACAAACAAACUCCAAACACACACACCCAAAACAAUUUAAAUAACUCCGAAAUAAAAGACCACAAGCACAAAAAAAAAA